AACUUUUCUUUUUUCUCUGUGUCGUUUUCUGUGUGUAAUAGCGCAGUCUGCGGCGAAGAUAUUUUUAUUUUAUUUUUUUAAUUUUUGCAGAAAAUUGUAAACAGGUAAAGGAAAAGGGAUUUUUGGGAUUUUCUUUCUGCACAUUUCAGUGACUUUUCAAUACAUAUUUACCUUCCCUUUUAAUUGAACAAACCCUUUUCGAGGGUUCUCUAUUUCUCUCCGUCUCUGUGCCUUUUCUUUUGAUACUGUUAAGAAACCCUGAAAGCCCGAAGCCCGAAGCCAUUGCUUGACAAGCUAUGUCGGGUCUUUAUAAUUCGAACUUUUCUCCUGCAAGAACUGUGUCUCCACAGAUUAGAAAUACUCCAGAUGUAGAAAGUAACCAGUACUUGUCAGAGCUGUUGGCGGAGCAUCAAAAGCUUGGACCUUUCAUGCAAGUGCUUCCCAAUUGUAGCAGACUCUUGAAUCAAGAGAUAGUACGGGUUUCCAGGAUUAUGCCAAACCAAGGUUUUGGUGAACUUGAUAGACUAAGACAUAGAAGUCCUAGUCCCAUGUCUUCAUCAAAUCUUUUAUCAAAUGUUGCUGGCACAGGUUUAGCAGGCUGGAAUGGACUUCCGCAGGAGAGACUGAGUGGACCUACAGGAAUGAUAAUGGACUGGCAAGGAGCACCGGCAAGUCCGAGUUCAUACACUGUAAAACGAAUUGUUCGCCUAGAAAUUCCUGUUGAGAAUUAUCCAAAUUUCAAUUUUGUUGGGCGGCUUUUGGGUCCUAGAGGAAAUUCACUUAAACGAGUGGAAGCCACUACAGGAUGCCGCGUGUAUAUUAGAGGAGAAGGUUCAAUAAAGGACCCAGACAAGGAAGAGAAGCUACGGGGACAACCAGGUUAUGAGCAUUUGAAUGAACCUCUCCACAUCUUGAUUGAGGCUGAUUUACCUGCUAAUGUUGUUGAUAUCAGACUGAGGCAAGCUCAAGAGAUAAUAGAAGAACUGCUCAAACCUGUGGAUGAGUCGCAGGAUUUUAUAAAGAGACAACAAUUGAGGGAACUAGCCCUCCUAAAUUCAAAUUUCAGAGAAGAGAGUCCUGGACCAGGUGUCAGCAUCUCACCUUUCAAUACCAAUGGAAUGAAACGUGCAAAAACAGGACGUUAAGAGAUCAAAAUCUGUCUGCCGUCUGAAGAAUUUCAAGAAUCAUAAUUGAGUAUACCUUCCAAAAGACCUCAUAUCUGCGUUCCUAGCUAAUUGAAAAUCUAAGAAAUAGGAAUACAAGCCCAUAAGGUUGAGCUCUUUUGUUGGGUUUCUGUUGUUUUGUCUUAAUUAACUGAAAACAGAAGGGAGGGGGGAAAACACAAACAAACAGUGUCUAUAGGUGGUUUUAGAUUAAUUCUUGUCAAUGUUGGUUAUUUAUACCCAAUCAUUGGAUUUAUUCUUGUGUGAUUAAAUUUUAGUGUGAGUUAUGUUAUUUUUGGUCCUAUGCAUCGGGAAACUGGCUUGAUUUUGUGGGUGUCUUUCUGUUGUGAUAUCUUCUUUAUCAUUUAAAGAGCGCACUACAAAUGGACUAUUA